GGCAGUGUAUAAAUACUAGUUUGUCCUCGCAGGCCGCCGUACUUCUCUCCUCCCUGGCUGCAGACUGCUAGAGACUGGAAAUCAAUCUGCGCCCGGGCAGCGGCUGGAGGAGGUUGUGAAAAUCUGACCGAUUCCCUCCACCCAGCAGCCCAUCCUCCUUUUUUUUCUCUACUUGGUAACAAAAGCCCCGGAGCAUGGGAAGUCACGGUGGCAUCCGCACAUGCUGACAGCGGCGCACUGUCUAUACCUGAGCCCGGCACUAUGUAACAAUGCAGCAGGACUGACUGGCAGCACUACGGCUCCUGAGGAGAAGAACUUGUACAUAUUUUUUUUAUUUUAUUGCUUUUAUUAUACAAAGGAAUUUUUAAACCUAAAUGAUGGCAACGGUGGAAGCUGGAACGACCAUAACCAGUCGCUUGAAAAACCUGCUCCGCUCUCCUUCGAUAAAGCUGCGAAGACACAAGCCCGGAGCAAAGAAGGAAGACAUUGGCAGCAAGGUGACAUUGGAGAAGGUCCUGGGUAUCACGGUGUCAGCUGGAAGAAGUCUCUCCUGUGACCCAAAGACCGGCCUUGUUGCAUAUCCAGCUGGGUGUGUUGUGGUGUUAUUAAAUCCCCGAAAGAACAAACAGUAUCAUAUCCUGAACAGCUCCAGAAAAACAAUCACUGCACUUGCAUUUUCCCCAGAUGGAAAAUUCUUGGUCACAGGAGAGAGCGGACAUAUGCCCGCAGUACGGGUCUGGGAUGUGGCUGAAAGGACACAAGUGGCUGAACUUCAAGAACACAAAUAUGGAGUGGCCUGUGUGGGCUUCUCUCCUAGUUCCAAAUACAUUGUGUCAGUGGGAUACCAGCAUGAUAUGAUUGUCAACGUGUGGUCAUGGAAGAAAAAUGUGGUGGUGGCAGCAAACAAAGUCUCUAGUAAAGUAACAGCCGUGUCAUUCUCUGAGGAUAGCAGUUACUUUGUCACGGCCGGGAACAGACAUGUCAAGUUCUGGUACCUGGAUGAGGCAAAGUCAUCAAAGGUCAACUCUACCAUUCCACUGUUGGGGCGCUCUGGCUUAUUGGGUGAACUCAGGAACAAUUUCUUCACAGAUGUCGCUUGUGGGAAAGGGAAGAAAGCGAGCAGUACCUUUUGUAUAACUUCCUCUGGCCUAUUAUGUGAAUUCAAUGACCGUCGAUUGCUGGACAAGUGGGUAGAGCUCAGGACCACCAUUGCCAGCUGCAUACUGGUGAGCCAGGACUAUAUUUUCUGUGGCUGUGCAGAUGGAACAGUGCGCAUCUUCAACCCAAGCAACUUGCACUUUCUCAGCACCAUGCCAAAGCCACACUGCCUGGGGGUAGACAUUGCUACAGUCACUGAAGCUAGCCGCCUCUUCUCCAGUGCUGCAGAUGCCAAGUAUCCUGACACUGUGGGAAUGACCUUUGACCCCACCAACCAGUGGUUGUCUUGUGUGUACAAUGACCACAGUCUGUAUGUAUGGGAUAUUAAAGACCUAAAGAAAGUGGGGAAAGUCUACUCUGCCUUAUACCAUUCUUCAUGUGUGUGGAGCGUUGAGACAUACCCUGAGAUGAAGGAUAGCAACCAAGCCUGGUUACCACCCAACUCUUUUAUCACAUGCUCCUCUGAUAGUACCAUCCGUCUCUGGAAUAUGGAGACUUCAAACAUCCAUGGAACUGCACUACAUCGUAAUAUCCUCAGCAAUGAUCUGAUGAAAAUCCUCCUGAUAGAUAAUAACACACAGGCCUUGCUGGACACUGACUACAAUUGUGCUGGCCUGGCUGAUAAAGUGGACCCUCAAGUACUAGACACCAAGACUGGCAUUCGCUCUGUGUGUGUGAGUCCCAAUGGGCAGCACUUGGCAUCAGGGGACAGGACUGGUACUCUUAGGGUACAUGAACUACAAUCUCUUACAGAGCUGUUGAAGGUAGAAGCCCAUGACUCUGAGAUUCUUUGUCUAGAGUACUCAAAGGCGGAGACCGGAUUAAACCUCCUGGCUUCCGCCAGCCGAGACAGACUUAUCCACGUUUUAGAUGCUUCUAAGGAUUACAGCCUCCAGCAAACUUUGGAUGAUCAUUCUUCAUCUAUCACUGCUGUAAAAUUUGCCGCUAGCGAUGGUAAAGUGCGGAUGAUCAGCUGUGGAGCCGAUAAGAGCAUUUAUUUUCGCACUGCUGAACAGACAGGAGAAGGUGCCAUCCAUUUCAAACGCACCCACCAUAUAGUACGUAAAACAACUUUGUAUGAUAUGGAUGUAGACCCUGGCCUGAAAUAUGCAGCCAUUGGCUGUCAGGACAGAAAUAUCAGGAUAUUUAACAUAAGCAGUGGGAAGCAGAAGAAGCUGUACAAGGGCUCCCAAAGUGAAGAUGGAACUCUCAUUAAAGUUCAAACGGACCCAUCUGGGCUUUAUAUCGCUACAAGCAGUUCAGACAAAAACCUAUCAAUCUUUGACUUCUAUACUGGGGAAUGUGUGGCCACCAUGUUUGGACAUUCAGAGAUUGUGACAGGAAUGAAAUUCACCAAUGACUGCAAGCACCUUAUAACUGUGUCUGGAGACAGCUGCAUUUUUAUCUGGCGCCUCAGCUCUGAGAUGACCAUCAGUAUGCGCCAAAGACUGCCUGAAAUGAGACAACGUGGGAAGGUAGUGGAGAAAACAACGCCCCACAAGACACCCAAUUCACGACGAGAGACUAUUGCAGUGAUGUGUCCAGUUCCUGCACUAUCAUCUGACAGCGACAAAGAGGGGAUUGAUGAAGCGAGUGAUGAGGAGAUCACAGGUUUGGUUAAGCCCCCAAAUAUUGCUGACUCAUUUAAAAGAAGUGGAUCUUAUUGGGAAAUGAAGAAGGGUAAGGAGGCUUGCAUUCCCCAGCGUUCAGACUCUCUUGAUAAGACACCCAGACAGCGUGUCCGCUGGUCCCAUCCUGGAGACCUUGAAAUGACAGUGAAGUCGAUGCUCGAUCUUCGUCAGCUAGAAUCUUUCUCUCCGUGUGAUGACCUCCUAGGGCACCACGAGGAACAGGGGGCAAAGUUCCUGGAUGCAAACCCACAGGCUAGUAUGGACCCCUUUGUCCCUCAUUGUGGCCCUACGCGUCCCCGUGUUAUUCGGUUAAUGUCAUGUGAGGAUGGAGUUUUUAAACAGGAAUUGGAUACACCAGAGGGCAAAGAAUGUGUCAUCUACCCUGAUACAGGGGAGGAACAGGCUUUGGAUACAUUCAGUGAGUUUAAGGUAAGAGGUUUCCCUCAUGGAAGUUAUGAUGAAGUACAAGAGAAGCACAGCCCGGAUAGUGCGUGCUCAGUGGAUUACAGCAGCAGCCGCCUGUCUAGCCCCGAUCACCCAAAUGAAGAUUCGGAAAGCACGGAGCCCCUGAGUGUAGAUGGGAACUCGUCAGAUCUAGAAGAGCAAGCAGAGGUUGAGGAGCUGGACACCCCCUGCCUGGUUCUAAAUGGUGAUAUCCCACAGACACCCGAUCAGGAAAAGUUCCUCAAACAGCACUUUGGAAAUCUGUCCGCCAACAAUGGCCCAGAGGAACCAGUCUUGACAUCGGUGAGGGCAGAAAGUGCCAGCAUCUCAUCCCGGUUUUUAGCUAUGGCCCAGAUACCAGCUGUCAGGAACCGGCCUGGGAUCUGUGGCACAGAAAUGUCUGACCAAGAGGUUAGUCCAGACUCUAACAAUCAGGGUCCAUUUCUGUAUGCCACACAAGCUAAUGAAUCUGAAUAUCAAGCAAAAAAUCACAAUAUAGUGGAUCAAGAAGUUGCCAGCCCUUUAAAACCAGCCUAUCUGAGAAAGAGAAAACAGCCAGCUGAAAUCAAGAUGGGCAAAGUAGGGCCGUUUUCCCCAGCAGUGUCCAACAUGAGGAAGACACAAUCCGUACAUGAUCUUAUACAUGAAGUUAAAAUGCGGCCGCAAACUCAGACUGCAGCAGAAAAGGAGCAGAAGGCCAGUCAUCGUCGGACUUUGCCAGCUACGCUAAUGAAAGUGGAGGCUCAGUCUUCUCCUUUCCAAGCCAAGGAUGUGAAAUCAUCUAGAGGAAGGUCCUACAUGAACCCAACAACAAGUUACAUGGCCAAGAUCUCCAGGAGUGUCUCUGUGGGAGAAAACUUAAACCUUGGGGAAACACAGGAGCCAUUACCUGGUUCAGAUGGAAAACAAAGCUUUUGUGAACCAGACCUAGGCGUGAUAUCGAACACUGAGGCAGAGAAGAUCAAUCUGACAAAGGACAAUACAGGUUUUAAACCUGUUUUGCAGCCUAGUGCAAACAACCCUUCCCCAAAGACUUUUCAGUCAAAGAACCGGGCACAUCUGACUCUAGACAUUGGAAAGCCUUUGCCUGACCGACCAUUGCUUUCCUUUGGUAAAAGCAGAAAUACAUUAGAAAUGGAGUCUCCGAGAUCGCCAAGAUCACCAGGGUGUAGCUGGAAACCUAGAUUAUCUUUUACAGAUCUAACUUGUCGUAGUGACAAUCAAGUUUCUGGAGGAAGUGAAAAAUGUUCAUUAGAAAGCCCAGGUUCUACAAAAGGGAGUCCGGAUGAUGUCAGCCCAACGAACAUUAGGAUGAACACAACUCAAGACAAAUUGGACUUAAGUUUGGACAUCAUUAAACCUGUACCAAGAGGUAGAGCUUCUACCAUUGGCCACACUCCAGACAAUCACUCGGGACUCUGUCCGGUUGAAACCAUGAGACCCAGAUCUCCCUCACUCAAUGCAGCAUCAGCGCUGGACUCAGCACAACCAGUCAGCUUUGAGCAGUGUGAAAUAAUUGCCUCGGAGUUGCAGGACAGCUUACAGAGAGCCCUCAGACUCUAUCGAUCGGUGAGAACUGCUGACCCUAAAACAACUCAGGACCGAUACAAGAUGACAGGCCUUCUGACUGAAACUUUUGGCAUUGUAAAGAAAGAGUUGGAUUCCUUAAAAGGAGAGAGUCAACCUGAUAUGGGUGAGGACUCGUCUCCACAAUUAGAGGAGUGCAGAGAAAACCUUGAGCUUCAAGCGGACACUUCUGCUGCUAAUGGCUCUCAGCACCUGGGUAAUGAUAAGACUCUUGCCCUAUUGCAGCAAUACUCAGAACUUUUACUGCAAGCAGUAGAGAAGAGGAUGGAUAAGAAACUCUAAGCUACCUCUAGCUUGCAGAGUUUUGUGUCGGUGUUCAAGAAGGGUGUUCCGCACCAAGUGCACUGCAACCAAAAAAACCUUUUUCUAAAGACUUUCAAACACUACGAUAACUUUUAAGGUGAACAUUUUGUCAUUUAAAUCCACAAAACCAGCAUCCAGGGGGAAUGCUGGUAUGGAUGUGUUCCAGCAACCCUUCAGACCAGCAGCACUUGAGGUCUUUAGUCCUGGUCCCAGUUUGACCUGGGCCAAAAAGUUCUGUUUCUGCUUCCAGUUGCUCACAGGUAUGCAGAACCAUUUUAAG